AUGAAUUCCACCGAUUCUAUUCGCAAUGGGAGCACCUCGAGCAAAUCCUCCCAUAAGCACUCCACUGCGGAAUCGAACAAUGCUGUGUCUCAGCGACGAAUCUCCGACUACGAGAAGUCUUCCGGCCAUAGCAACAUGUAUCACAUUCACAACCACGACGCCAGUGCGAAAGCAAGCAAGGCCUAUCAUCAGAAGAGAAUGGCUCAGACUUUGACUGACUUCGACGAGCGAUUCGGCUCUCCACUAUCGAGGCAUGCUUGA